AUGCACGGAGAAUCCAUCCAGACCAGUGCGACUGCCAACUUUGAGACAAUGGAAGCUUUUGGGGCUCCCCUCCCUUCAGAGCAGUACGAAGGCGGCUCCCUCCCUGACUUCAAAGAGCCUCCCCAACAGAGGAGCAAGGCCCAGCAGGUCACAUGUGGUUCUGCUCACGGCCCUCACCUUCAGCUCACACAGGACGCAGCUCAGAGCACGCAAAGCUGCUGCCUGGACAUCUCUGCCGCCGCAGCGCCGCACUUUCAUGUGCUCAAGACAAGAGAUCCUCCAGGAGCUGAGAGCGAUAACAGCGGCGCACUGAGGCUCUCCAGACCAAACUGUGCUGUCCCCGCGGAAGAUAAAGAACUUCCUCUUUCCAAAGGUCCCCGUCCUCGUCGGGAUAAGCACAUAAUCAGCGUGGACACUUUAAACACUACUCUUCAUUAG